CCAAUCACAAGCUGUGUUUGUUGUUUACCGGAAAAGAUCCAGUUUAACGUUUCACGUUUGGAAAACUGCAGAAAGGAUGUCCUGUAAUUCCAGUGUUAUUCGACUUUGUGCAUCAUCAGUGGGACAGGCACCGCAAGCUCCAGUCCACCUCAUGCCAUGUGAGAUUGAACACAAUGGGCCAGCACAGGUCAACCAAUACUUCACUGCUACCACCAAAGACCAGAAACAAGAUAAGUCAGUGUCAUUCAGGGGACGUGGGUUAAAGGGGCAGGAGAUCAGCUGUCCGCAGGGCUACACGGGGCUGGUACUGAAAGAGAUCAACAAACCCGGCUCAGACCAGGAGGACAGGACAGUGAAAGUAUCUUCUGUAUUUGACAAAAUGACCUACUGGAACCUGGAAACACCUCCUAAUUCAGACGAUACUAUUGUGAUGGCAAUGGAUUGGCCUGAUUUGGCUGAGGCAAUCCACGCUCCAGUAGAAGACUGAAGAAGCCGCCUGAUGUCUCCUCAGCAUUUUACAUAUGAAAUGCGCCGCUUGCUGGUUAUUCAUGAUAACUGGUGGAAAGGCUUAAGAAAUAUUUUCAGUAAGUGUUGCUUUUGCAGAGCAAUAAGUUACACAACCUUUGUAUAUAUCUUUAAUGACAUGUUUUUUUUUCUAGUGAACAAAAAAUAAAUAAAUAAAAGUCACUGACCAAAGUGUGCAAUGUUUUAUUCACUGAAAAAACUACCAUGUUCAUGUGGCACGUUCUACUCAACACUGUUUAUUCACAAGGGCACAUUUAGAUUCUGUAGACUGGCUACUAUAAAACCCUCUAAUAUGUAUUAACUGCAAUUAUGAUAUGAUAACGGUAUGGUAAUAACGACACACAGCAGCUGUCAUACAAAUACACUUAAGGUGGUGCAGAAUGAAAGAGUGUUUAACAUUAACUUAAAGUUUAAACAGAAGGCAGAAAACUGCAUGUGUUCAAGUGUGUCGAUACUGUGGUGGUUCUCAGUCAUGGUAGUUUCAAGUGCUUGAAAACUAUUCAUUGCAAAUGCGUAAAUGACCCUCAGGUCCACCUCCAAGGAUACAGUCCCCACUAAGACUCUCAGACAGCUGAUGAAGCCGCUUGGAUGAGAGGCAAGAAGAACAUAAAGAAGUCCAGCUGCCUUCUUUUCAAGCACUUGAGACGAUAUGCUGUUCUGUCAAAUUACAGAAGUAAAACUGGUAUGAGAUUAAUCAACCUGUUAGCUAAUCAAGAAAUGUUGGCCAGGAGCGUUCAGGGUUUUGUCUCCUUGACAACAUUUGAUUGUAUCUAAUGAACAAUGUCAAACAAAGUCUGAAAUGUGUGGUGAUAAGACACAGACGUUACGACCGGACAUGCACAGAGCUGGGAGCAUAACUUGCAGUAAACUACAAUGUAAAAUCCAAUCCUGUGCAGGUCACUGGAAAUAAAAAAGUUAAUUUAACACCUUUAUCCAUUUCCAUUAUUUUCAGAUGCAACUUCAGUAUUUCUGGAUCAGUUACUUUAUGUUCCUCAUUUGACACUUACUGCAUUGGAGAUAAAGAGGAAGGAAAUGAAAACAAGAAAGAAACAAGUCAGGUAUUGACAAAGUGACUUCAAAACAGUUUGAGCUCACAUUUGGGGGUUUAAAAUGGCACAAAAAUCAACUUUCUGGCACUGAAAGAGCAGUCAUACAAAUUUAACAAAUAAAAAAAUAAAACCUUUGUGUUUGUUUUGAGUUAAUAAAGCAUAAGUGGUAUAGUAUGUCACAUGACUAAUAUUUUUAGACAUCUUUUUCAUCUCUGAUAAUUUUAACAAACAUACGUCUUUGAUGCAACAAUGGUAAAUGGCCUGUAUUUGUAUAGCGCUUUUCUAG